CCUACGAGUUUCGUCUGAACGUUCUGGAAUAAACACUAAUAAUUUAACAAAUAUAUUUCCACAACUGCUGUUAAAAUGUCUGUGGAAGAGCAAUACGACAAUAUCCUGCUGGCAAUGGCCGAAAAGCAUCGUGGAGGCGUGCCUGACUUUCUGCACACGCUGGCAAGCUUCUUGCGCCGGAAAACCGAUUUCUUCACGGGCGCCAAGCAGUCCGAAUGGGAAAAAAUGGUUCUGGAUGUGUUCCGUAAAGAGGCAAAAGUGGCUAUGGCCGAUCAUGAUGAGAAGAUGAGGGCGCGUGAGGCGGCAAAGAAAUUGAAGGAGGAGAAGGAACGUGCUGAACGCACUGCACGCCAAAAGGAAAUGAGUGAGAAUAAAAUAUGUGAUAUAACAGACGAGGAAGCUGCUGCCAUUAUCAAAGAACAGGAGGACAAGAAACGACAGGCAUUGCUGGAUGGGGCUGCCGGCGAUGCAACAGUAGUUUCAGCAGUCGACGAAGAUAUUUCAAAACCCAUUGAGAAAGUGGAUGAUGAAUCCGAAAAGAGUGAGGUUGGCAAAUUGCAGCCCAAUGCCGGUAAUGGCUGUACUUUGGACAAAUACAUAUGGACACAAACACUGCAGGAGGUUGAGCUCAAAAUCCCCUUCAAUGUAACAUUCGCUUUGCGUGCCCGCGACAUGGUGGUCAGCAUUGGCAAGAAGUCGCUGAAAGUGGGCCUUAAAGGUCAAGAGCCCAUUAUUGACGGCGAGCUCUGUGCUGAGGUGAAGCAGGAUGAGUCCGUCUGGGUGCUGCAAGAUAGCAAAACGUUGCUCAUUACGCUGGAAAAGGUCAACAAAAUGAAUUGGUGGAGUCGUCUAGUGACCAGCGAUCCUGAAAUCUCCACACGCAAAAUAAAUCCAGAGCCCUCCAAGCUGUCCGAUUUGGAUGGCGAGACCCGCAGCAUGGUCGAGAAAAUGAUGUUCGAUCAGCGUCAAAAGGAAAUGGGUCUGCCCACCAGUGAUGAUCGCAAAAAGCAGGACAUACUCGAAAAAUUCAAGCAACAGCAUCCGGAAAUGGACUUCUCCAAAUGCAAAUUCAAUUAGUGGCAGAGUUAAGUGCCAGACAAGUUUCCUUCAGCAUUUAAUUAAGUUUUGGCUUUGAAUCUACACGCCGCACUUUAAUCAUUUAUUUUACACAUUUGAAAUGUAUUGAAUAAAAGAAAUAAUAAUAAUAACAAUAUUAUGGAAUAUA